CGGCCUAGAUCAUCCUUCCACCCCGACAACUCUUCCAAAGGUCCGCAGCGGAUCACAGCUGUGUUUCUUUACUGUACUCUCUUACCUGCUUUGUCAAGUAAUGUAGACAAACUCUCCAAUACAUUCACACCCGAAGCCAUCAUCGGUUGUUUAAAGUAGACAAGAGAAAAAGAAAAGAAAAAACUUUAAAAAAGAAAAAUAAAACACGAAAAACACAAAACAAAAACUUGAAGAGAAGCAAGCAAGUCAAAAACAUGGAUUCCAACAAGCAAACUUUCGUGGAACAAGAUUCAGAGAUGAAGCAAAAUCUAACAUCUGAAACGAAGAAGAAGAAGAGGAAGAGGGGUUCUAAAGGGACUUGGGAAGCUAAAUCCAAAGAUAAACAGAUUGUAUCAAAUAAGCCCAAGAAAGCUUCUGGUAAAGGAAAAAGAACAAAAGUUUGUGACAUUUACAAUGAUGCGGAAGAUCAAUACAUGUGUAUGGAAAGAGCAGCAAUUUUAUUGGAACGUUUAGAUGCAAAAUCACCAAAGUUUGCAAAAUGUAUGCUCCCUUCAAAUGUUCUCUACAGUUUUUGGUUGAUUUUACCAAAGAAAUUUUGUGUUAUGCAUUUGCCUGAUAAUGAUACAACGGUUAUUCUUGUUGAUGAAUCUGGAAAAGAGUUUAAGACGAAUUAUUUGAAAGUAAGACAUGGAUUAAGUGCUGGAUGGAGGGGGUUUUCUAUUGCACAAAGGUUACUUCAGGGUGAUAUUUUGUUUUUUCAUCUUGUUGAACCUUGUAAACUUCAGGUGAAUAUAGUGAGAAGAUAUGGUGUAGAAGCAAUAGAAGCGGCUGUUUGUCUAAUGGAAAUGCAUCCACGUGCUAAAAAAACAAGGACAUCGAAUUACUUUGAUAAAGCGGUGGAUUCUAAGAAAGAAAAACUUAAGCAUAAAAAAGUUAAAGAAGAAGAAGAAAAUAAAGUGGAGAAUGAAAUCCAAGUGCAUGUACAAACAAAGAAAGGUAAAAGAACACGAAGAAGUCCAAAGAAGUUUAUAAGAAAACUAUCACUAGAUUUUUGUUCAAAUCAAGAGCAUGUUGAAGAAGAUGUUGAAAGGGGAUCAUGUGUUGACCAAUGUGAUAAUAUUAGUGAUGAGUUGACUUCAGAAGUUGUUCAAGGGUCAAUGUCAGAGAUGACAACUCAAACACAACCCGAUGAAAUUGGGUCAUGUGCACUGAAUCUGAAUCUGGGUUACCUUGAGGACACCAUUGACAGAAGAAUAUUUCAUUCUUCAACAGUCGCAACAUGAAGACAAAAUCUUUUUUGAGGGUAUAUCUGGAAUUUCGGAAAAACAUGUUUUUGAGAAAAUGGAAAAUGGAAACGAAGAUCUCAACCUAAAAAACUAAAAACAAAAGCAGCUUCUUGGACAUGCUUUUGAAUGAAGAGAAGCUUAGAGAGCUCUUGAAUUGAAAUGGAUUUAGGAGAAACAUGUUUUUGAUCUUUUAUGAAGCGCUAUAUUUUAAGAAAAAAAAACGUAGAAGAGAAUAUAUUUUGGUAUACAUAUAGGAAAAUUCUCUUGAUUCCACAGAUAUUACUGUUGGUUUUCGAGAUUUUUUACCAACUUUUAUUCAGAAUUUAAAGAUGUUUACAGUUUGCAUUGGUUUA